CGGGGCGAGCGCGGCCGGCGGCCGAGCCGGAUGCGGGCGGCGUCGCCGCUGCGGCGGCCCUGGGGAUGGGCGGAGCCCCAGUCGCUGGUGCUGGUGGCCGUCGCCUCCGCUGGCCGAGCCGUCGCGUCUGUUCCCGCGCGUCGCUGCUUCUCCGGGUGGCGGGAUGCUGGGGAAGGGGGGAGUCGGCGGGGGCGGCGGCACCAGGGCGCCCAAGCCGUCCUUCGUGUCGUACGUGCGCCCUGAGGAAAUUCACACAAAUGAAAAGGAAGUAACUGAGAAGGAAGUAGCUCUUCACUUGUUGCCAGGUGAACAGCUGCUUUGUGAGGCCAGCACAGUACUGAAGUAUGUUCAGGAAGAUUCCUGCCAGCGGGGAGUCUAUGGAAGACUCGUCUGCACGGACUUCAAGAUUUCCUUUCUGGGUGAUGAUGAGUCUGCAUUGGACAGUACUGAAACUCAUUUUAAGAACAAGAUUAUAGGAGAAAAUGACAUAACGCUCCACUGUGUUGAUCAAAUUUAUGGAGUGUUUGAUGAGAAAAAAAAGACUCUCUUUGGACAACUGAAGAAAUACCCUGAGAAACUCAUCAUCCACUGUAAAGACCUCCGUGUGUUCCACUUUUGCCUGAGGUACACAAAGGAAGAGGAAGUCAAAAGGAUUGUCAGUGGGAUAAUUCAUCAUACCCAGGCUCCUAAGCUGCUGAAACGAUUGUUUCUGUUUUCCUAUGCAACUGCUGCCCAAAACAUUAUAGCCGCCGGUCCGAAGAACCAUACAGUAAUGUUUGACACACUGAAGGACUGGUGUUGGGAAUUGGAGCGGACCAAGGGCAAUGUGAAGUAUAAAGCCGUGAGUGUCAACGAAGGCUACAAAAUCUGUGACAGGUUGCCAGCAUACUUUGUUGUCCCCAUCCCUCUUCCUGAAGAGAAUGUGCGGCGCUUUCAGGGUCGUGGCAUACCAAUAUGGUGUUGGUCCUGCCACAAUGGAAGUUCCCUUUUGAAGAUGUCAGCACUGCCCAAAGAACAGGAUGAUGGCAUUUUACAAAUCCAGAAAAGCUUCUUGGAUGGGAUUUACAAGACCAUCCACAGGCCACCCUAUGAAAUUGUUAAAACUGAGGACCUAUCUAACAACUUCCUACCCCUUCAGGAAAUCCAGACGGCAUACUCUAAAUUUAAGCAGCUGUUUCUCAUAGAUAACAGCACUGAAUUUUGGGACACUGAUAUAAAGUGGUUUUCUCUGUUGGAAAGUAGCAGCUGGCUUGACAUAAUCAGACGUUGCCUGAAAAAAGCAAUAGAGAUUACGGAAUAUCUGGAAGCACAAAAUAUGAACGUUCUUCUUUUAGAAGAGAACGCUUCUGACCUCUGCUGCCUCAUCUCCUCUCUGGUGCAAGUGAUGAUGGACCCCCACUGUCGAACCAGGCCUGGUUUCCAGAGCCUCAUCCAAAAGGAGUGGAUCAUGGGUGGCCACUGCUUCUUGGAUCGCUGCAACCACCUGCGCCAGAGUGAGAAGGAGGAGGUUCCUGUGUUCCUGCUUUUCUUAGAUUGUGUCUGGCAGCUGGUGCACCAGUUUCCCCCAGCCUUUGAAUUCACAGAGACUUACCUGACUGUUCUGUCAGAUAGCCUGUACAUACCCAUCUUCAGCACCUUCUUCUUCAAUUCACCUCAUCAAAAAGACGCUAACAUGGGUAGGGAAAGCCUGGAUUCACAAAGCAGGCCUCUGACCCCGUUCACCGUAUGGGAUUGGUCUAUACAGUUUGGAUCCAAAGCUCAGACGUUGCUCAGAAACCCUCUUUAUGUCGAAAAGUCAAAACUGGACAAAGGCCAGCGGAAAGGAAUGCAUCCCAAACAUCGACGACAGCUAUCUUUGCCACUCACCCAGUCCAAGUCAUCUCCCAAAAGAGGAUUUUUCAGGGAAGAAACAGAUCAUUUAAUUAAAAACCUCCUGGGCAAGAGAAUUAGCAAACUGAUUAAUUCUUCUGAUGAGCUUCAAGACAACUUCCGGGAGUUCUAUGACAGUUGGCACAGCAAGCCUACCGACUACCAUGGCUUGUUGCUACCUCGUAUAGAGGGACCAGAAAUCAAAGUCUGGGCCCAGCGCUACUUGCGUUGGAUUCCAGAAGCCCAAAUUGCAGGUGGUGGCAGAGUGGCCACGAUGAGCAAACUGUUUGAAAUGAUGGAGGAAGUCCAGAGCUUACAAGAGAAACUCAAUGAGACAUGCCACCCCCAGGAACCCCUGCAGACUGAGGCCCCCUGCUUGCUGCGAAACUCUGCUCGCCUCUCUUCCCUGUUCCCUUUUGCUUUACUCCAGCGACAUUCGUCCAAGCCCAUCUUACCCACCAGCAGCUGGAAAACUUUGGGAGAUGAAGAAGAUCUGGCUAAACGAGAAGAUGAGUUUGUGGACCUUGGCGAUGUGUGACCUGUGCAUUGGGUCAUUGUUAUAGGGCAGCGUGAGAGAUUGGGACAGUUGAUCCCAGGCUUAGCAUUAGGCUCAUCUAAUCCUGGGAGGGUCAUUAGCCCAGCACUGUGGUGGAGGAAACCAGGCCCUUCAAAAGAACCAAUUCUUGGGUUUUUGCUUUUGUUUUUUUUUUUUUAAUCCUGAAAGACUAUGCAAUUUAGACUAUUUCUCUGGCAUUAAUAAUUGAAAGGAAUUAUAACUUGACGCAUCAUAGGAUUAUGA